AGCCUGCGCCGUGGAUCUGUGGGCAGGAAGCGCGUGCGGGUCGAGAGAACGAGCGCAUUGAUCACGCUCCCUGCGUGCGGAACGGCGGGGCUGAGCAUGUCACAUUUCUGAUGCUAGGACUCGGCCGAGAACCCACCAAUUCUCACCCGAACCACAGGUCCUGCGGAGCCCGCCCCGCCGAACCCGAAGAGGGGGCCGAAAACGGCGUUCCGUGAGCUCGAGCGGCUUGGGGGUUUGAAAACAUCGAGGCGGCCACACAGGGCUGGUGGGAAGCGCAAUCAAGAAGAAAACGACAAGGGGACUAGUGCCUGUUUUCUGAAGCCAUGCGAGAAUACAAAGUAGUCGUGCUGGGCUCCGGCGGAGUGGGGAAAUCGGCGUUGACCGUGCAGUUUGUAACCGGAUCAUUUAUAGAAAAAUAUGACCCCACUAUCGAAGAUUUCUACAGGAAAGAGAUCGAGGUGGAUUCGUCGCCCUCGGUGCUGGAGAUCUUGGACACGGCGGGGACCGAGCAGUUCGCGUCCAUGAGAGAUUUGUACAUCAAAAACGGGCAAGGCUUCAUAUUAGUCUAUAGCCUGGUGAACCAGCAGAGCUUCCAGGAUAUAAAGCCAAUGAGAGAUCAAAUAAUCCGAGUGAAAAGGUACGAGCGGGUGCCCAUGAUUUUGGUGGGGAACAAGGUGGAUUUGGAAGGGGAGAGAGAGGUCUCCUUCGGAGAAGGCAAAGCGCUGGCAGAGGACUGGAACUGUCCGUUUAUGGAAACUUCAGCCAAAAAUAAAAGCUCGGUGGACGAACUGUUUGCAGAAAUUGUUAGGCAAAUGAACUAUGCUUCGGCGCCAAACGGGAGAGACCAAUGCUGUUCUUGUGCUAUUCUUUGAAAACAGGUUUUUUCCCCCCCUCUCUCUCUCUUUAUGGGUGGGUGACGAAUGCCAUCCGAAGUGGGAACUAAAAGUUUGCUUGAAAACCCAACACAACUUUGUGGUGUUAAAAACCGUUGACUGUCAUCAGUAUUCGAAAGUGUCCUGCUGUCUUGCACACUCCUAUUUCAAAAAAGACAAUUCUAUAUUCAAAAAAUUAAGUGUUUACAUAGCAUAAUACUUGAAUGUCCUGGGGAGUUUAAGAAAUAUACAAUUUUAUGGCGAAUAUUAUACAUUUUUUUUUUUUUUAAAUAUAAUGUCGUUGUGGGGUGCCUGUUUGGGGAUAUUUAAUUUUAAACGUAAAGACGUUUUUCUUCAUUUUUGUUGUGGAAGCGAGACGACGAUUGUCCUCUUGUGUUGGAUACAGGGCGUCUACUUGUUACUUACAGCGGAGGGCUAUUAUGACGGGUCCCUUUUUUUUGGAAAACCCCGGAUAUGGAUCGCUCCUCGGGAAUUCGACGUGUUUAUAGUAUUUUUUUUGCGGCACUUAAACUCUGGGCCUACCCCCCCCCCCCCCCCAACUGCCGUCAGGAAGUCCAAAAGGGGCGUGGGGUUAGGGUUCACUUCAGGCUCGUCGUGCACUCUCGAACCUGAAACUAGCCCAAAUGCACAGGUCGACGUAAACGUGGAGAUGAAUCCAGAUUAAAGGAAAUCUAUAUUUGUACCAAUGGCAUUCAUUAAGGAUACAAGGAAAUCCGCGAUAUUUUCCAAUUGUUUUGUUGUCGUUUGAGAUCUACUGGUGAAGUUAAAACUUCCGCUACCAGCGUCACCCUCCCCCUCUUUUAGCGUGAGCAAGCACCUUGCGUUGCUGUCAAGACGUGGGGCUUCAACCGCCCACCCCACGUCAAGUGCCUUCCCUCAGUGACCUUUUUAAACUUCAGUGCCAACCCGAGAGAGUAUUCACGAUAAUCCCAUUAAAUGGCAAUCACAGUGGGGGAUGGGAGAUAUUGUUUUUGAAAAUUUUCUCUAUUUGAAAUAUCUACCUGUCAGUUUUUGGCCAUUGCAAUGUGUGUUGUAUGUCUGGUCAAAGGUAAAGAUGGGUCUUUAUUCAGUUAAUUCCCAGGUCCUGUCCUGUCCUGGGCCUACAAGUAUACCAAACCAGUUUUCUUGCUCGAUCAGCUGGGAUUUUUUUUUUUUCUUUUCUGUUUUUAUUUCUGUUAACUAAAUGUGCUGUACCAUAGAAAUUCUCACCUGAUUGUAAUUUUGAUUUCAGACCAGCCUUUUAACAGCUGUUUCUCUGGUCUCAAAAGGACUUUUAAUACAAAUUGCAUUUUUUUAUAAAUAUAAAAAAACAAAACAAA